AUGGGCUUCCCGUUUCUCUUGCCAGGUUCACGUGGAUCAAGAGCUGCUCAUCUACGAGGCCUUUAACCACGACUCUCAGCUGGCCCAGGCCAACCUCAAAGUGCGAUUCAAAAAGGUGCCCCACAACAUCAACUUCCGGGAAAAGAAAUUGCGGCCGUCCAAAAAGAAGUCUGAGAGUGCGGGGGGCGAGGAAGCGGGAGUCCCUCGAGGACGGGUCGCUCGCUUCCGCUACUUUGAAGACAUCUACGGCUAUUCGGGG